CCACACUGUUGGAACGGCUACAUCUCCUCCACUACGUGAUACUUGAAUAGCAACUUCUUCACAGCUUUGGAUACUUUUUUUUUAGGCGUUUAUAGCCAAGAAGUUGAUGCUUACAGCCCCUCAUCACGGUUUAAAGACUGUUGUUUUCUUCUCAAACUGCUUCAUUUUAGAGAGACAAACCCUGUCCACGGAGCCACAGCACUCGCAGACCAAACCUACCUGGCAGGAUCACCAUGCUCAGAUCACACCUGCUCCUUCAGCCCAUCUCCCGCAUGCUGCUGCUGCUGCUGCUGCUGCUGCUUGUCUCCACCUCAGGGGAAGGCCGGCCUCACGUGUCCCAUGAAGGUGCACCUCAUGUGGACAGGGUGGACAGCCAGAGGGGGCUCCUUCUGGAGGCGGUGAAGAUGGGGAUCCUCAACUCAUUGGGUUUGGACAGGGAGCCCAGGCCGUCCCGAAAGGCCUCGGAACAGGAUCUGAGGAUGAUGUAUGCGCUCUAUAGGGAGAAACUGAGAGAGAUGAGAGGGAAUUCAAGCCAGCCAGUGGGGGAAACCUGGCAAUCCACCAUGUCUACUGUGCUCUUUCCAGUGAAAGAUCUCAAAGUGCUUUGGAGGAGAAACCACUCAAAGUCAGGUCACCACAUGCAGUGGUACAGAGCUGUUUUCCACAAGAACCCAAAUAUCCAGACUGAACUGAGUCUCGCUCGAGCCCAACUGAAGAUUUCCUGGCAGAUUUUAGACAGACUCACUCCAGUCCCAAGUGAGAUUAAAGUUAAAGUCAGCAGGAGGAAGCCGACUGUCCAGACAUACACAAACUCUGUGGUUCGUACUAAUGUCUUGAGCAGUGAGGAUGUGAUACUGGACAUCAGCACUGAGGUGGAGACGUGGAUGAAGGCUGAUGUUCAGUCCCUGGUUGUGGAUGUUGGGAUGGUUGUGGCGAACAGAGACACUCUCAAUCCAAAUCCAACCAUUUCUCUAGAAUUAGGCCUCCAGCAGCCCAUCAUGCCAGCUCAGAGGUCGAGGCCGCGUCGCUCAAACAAGGAAGACGAGUGCGACGAACAAGGAUGGUGCUGCAGGAAGUCAGUUACUGUGUCCUUCAAAGACGUUGGCUGGGCAGACUGGGUGGUGGCUCCGGCCGAGUACACGAUGCAUUUUUGCGAUGGCAGCUGCCCCCACAACUACAAGCCGGCAAGCAUGCACGCGCAGGUCAAGUCUCGGCUGCAUCAGAUCAGUAAUGGAGCGACGCCUCGGCCCUGCUGUGUGCCGGCGGCCUACGAGCCCUUGGUGCUCAUGCACUACGACAGCAGGGGAAAGUUGAAACUGACUCCUUUCAAUGACCUCAUUGUCAGUAAAUGCCACUGUGCCUAAAAAAAAAAAAAAAAAAAAAAAUAUAUACACACACACACACACACACAUAUAUAUAUAUAUAUAUAUAUA